AUGAGCCUCGCCUCCAGCUCGGAGGUGGGGGCCGAGUUCUACAGCAACAGCACCUCCCCGAUGUCUCUGGACUCCAGCGUUUUCUUCAGUGAGACGGCGGCGUCCUGCGUCAGAGAUCCGCUCGACUUCUUCACCAUCAACGUGGGAGGGAGCCGUUACGUGCUGUCUCAGGAGCUGCUGGCGUCCUACCCGGAGACGCGGCUGGGAAAACUGGCGUGCUGCAGCCGAGACUCGGCGUUGGAGCUCUGCGAUGAUGCCGACCUGCUGCAGAACGAGUUCUUCUUUGAUCGGAACUCUCAGACCUUCCAAUAUGUGAUGAACUACUACCGGACGGGUCACCUUCAUGUCAGAGAGGAGCUCUGUGAGAUCUCCUUCCUGCAGGAGAUCGAGUACUGGGGCAUCGACGAGCUUCGCAUCAAAUCCUGCUGCCGCGAGCGUUACUUCCGCCGCAAGGAGCAGAAGGAGUCGUUCGACGUGCGCCGAGAGUUCCAGGCUGAAGACAACGACGAGGACUUUGUCGGCGCAGCCUGUCCGGCUCUCCGCCGGCGCCUGUGGGACCUGCUCGAGAAACCUGAAUCCUCCCGAGCCGCUCGCACCUUCGGCUCUCUGUCCGUCUUCUUCGUGGUGGUGUCGGUUGUGAACAUGGUGCUGAUCUCUCUGGACCUGGAGGAGGACGUGGGCUUGAGCGGCGUUAGCGUGGCUGCUCCGCUGCUGUUCGACACUCUGGAGUACGUCUGCGUGAUGUGGUUCACAGGAGAGCUGGCGCUGAGAUUCCUCUGUGUCAGGGACAAGUGUCGAUUCACUCGGAGUAUUCCCAACGUCAUUGACCUGCUCGCCAUCCUGCCGUUCUAUGUGACGCUGGCGGUGGAGAACCUUCAUGGAGGGAGCACUGAGCUGGAGAACAUGGGACGUGUGGUGCAGGUUCUCCGACUCCUGAGGUCGCUGCGCAUGCUGAAGCUGGGACGGCACUCCACAGGCCUGAAGUCUCUGGGUCUGACCAUCGCUCAGUGCUACGAGGAGGUCGGCCUGCUGCUGCUCUUCCUCGGCGUCGGCAUCUCCAUUUUUGCCACCGUGGUCUUCACCCUGGAGCACGAGUUUCCCUCCUCCACCUUCAGCAGCGUGCCGGCCGCCUGGUGGUGGGCCACCACCUCCAUGACCACGGUGGGGUACGGCGACAUCCGGCCCGACACCACGGUGGGGAGGGUGCUCGCCUUCCUCUGCAUCCUGUCCGGGAUCCUGAUCCUGGCGCUGCCCAUCGCCAUCAUCAACGAGCGCUUCUCGGCCUGCUACUUCACCCUGAAGAUGAAAGAGGCCGCCAUGAGGCACGGGGAGAUGCUGAAGAGGCUGGCCCGCGGCUCGGUGGGCGGGGUCAGCGUGGGAACGGGCGUGAACCUGAGGGAUGCCUACGCCCGCAGUGUGCUGGAGAUGAUGAGGCUGCACGGGCGAGAGAGGGCGAGCACACGGAGCAGUGGAGGAGAGGAACUGUGGUGGUGAAAGUAGGGACACAGGCCGGACCAGGACCAGAGACGGACCCUAGAAACAUCCUCG